AUGGACGAACAGAUACCGUUCAAUUUGCACACUGAACUGAGCAAUGAGGAAGCGAUUCGGCUAGCAAGACAACGAGCGCGCUUGUACACACCUAGGGCGCGUUGGCUUUCGAGAGAGGAAGAGCCGGAAGCAAGCUAUGCACCGCUGAUACAUGCAUAUCAAAACCAUCAUGACAGCAAUCAAGACAUCUUCGACAACGACGGAAGCCCUGUGGAUCUGUCGAUGCGUGGAGCAAUUUAUGUUCCGGCGCUUGGCUAUAACGAAAGAAACGCUUUCGAAAGAUACAACCCGCCGGGCGCUAGACAACCGCUUCAAUGGCAACAGUUGGAUUAUGGAGAAAGGCGGUUGGAAGAAGACGGCGUUCCGACACUCACUGCGUACAGUGAAUUGAACAAUGAGGACGCGGUUGAGGCAAUCAGACAGCAAAGUCGUUCCCCCAAUCGCAGAGUACGUUGGCCAUCAAGUCAGGAUGAGCGGGGAGCUAGCAGUGUAAUGUUGGCAAGCAGGAGUCAGGACAUAUUGAGCAGCGAGGAAAGUCAUAUGGAUCUAUCAAUGCAUCGAACAAUGCGUGUUCCAUUGUUUGGCCGUAGCGAAAGAAGCGCUUUUGAGAAAUACAAUUCUUCGAAACACACGACUACGCCGUUGACCGCUGAACAACAAAGCAUGCAAGGAUCAUUUCUAGGACAACAACAGGAUUAUGGAGAAAGGCAGCUAGAAGAAAACGAAAUUCCGUUCAGUGUGAGCAGUGAAUCGAACAAUGAGGACGCGAUUGAAGCAUUCGGACAGCAAUUUCGUUCCUCUUCCACUCGCACAGUGCAUUGGCCAUCAAGUCAGGAAGAGCGGGGAGCGAGCAGUGCACUGCUGGCAAAUACGAAUCAGGACUGGCGUGAAGGUAGUCAGGAUAUGUCAAACAGCGAAGGAAGUGAUUAUGGUGAAAGGCGUCUAGAAAAAAACGGAAUUCCAUUCAGUGUGCACAGUGAAUUGAACAAUGAGGACGCGAUUGAAGCAUUCAGACAGCAAGCUCGUUUCUCUUCCACGCGCAGAGCACAUUGGCUAUCAAGUCAUGAAGAGCAGGGAGCGAGCAAUGCACUACUGGCAAGGAUAAAUCAGGAGUGGCGCGAAAGUAGUCAGUACAUAACGAGCAGCGACGGAAAUGUGAGUUUCUGUCCUGAAUUUUUCCAAGCGUUUAAAAAAGCGAUGAAAAGCAUCGUCAAACGUGAAUGA